UGGGCCAGCGACAUCUGCUCAUGGCGAUUGCGCCGCUGCCAGCAACCACGCCGCCCAUGCCGCCCAAGGAGAAGCAGGAGAGCCUGAAGCGGCUCGAGGCCAUGAUGAUGGCCCAGUUCGGCGGAGCCGUCGCCGCGCUGGACGCAAUCCCCAAGAAGAAGAAAACCAAAAAGUCCAAGGGCGCCGCGGCGGAAGCUGCACCCACCGAUUCAGCAACACCCGGCUCCGAUGAUGAGCCCCACGCCAGCGCACCUUCAAAGGCCUCCCCAGCCUCGAACAGGAUCGUUGACGACAUGAGAAGCGACGACGAAGACGAGCUCGAUGGAGACGGAAAUGGAGACGGAGAAAGCGUCGAGAGCGAUGCCAGCGACGAUAGCCUCGAUGCGGACGAGCUCGAUGCCAUCCUUAACUCGGCUCUGGGCCGGAAUUCCAGCAGUGCAAGCUCGAGUGGCCAGCGAAAAUCCAGCGACCUCGCUUCCUCUGCUCACGAUGACCGGGGCCUGAAGCAGAAUGGCUCUGCGACAUCCAAAUCCACAAGCAAACCGUCCAGAUCCGUGGUCUCGGCGCCCCAGGUAGUGGUCUUUGACGACCGACAAGCGACUCGGACAGAGCCCAUUGCAAACAAGCGGGACUGGCGCACGUUCAUGUCCUCGGAUAUCAAGAAAAUGAUGGAGGAGCCCAGCAAGAAGAAAAAGCUAUCCGAGGCAGAGCAGAAACAGGACGAAGAGGACGACCAGAACGACCGCGAGCUCAUGGAUCUGCUCAAGGCCUCCAAGCUGAUCGAGCAGUACACUGCAUCGGAGCUGACCGGCAAGGACAGACGAGCAUAUCAGCAAAACAAGAUGAUUGAAUUGGGUGCCAAGGUCAAGCAGCAGAAAAUGCCCCAGAAGAUGAAGACGGGGCUCGAGAAGGGACGCCAGAUUCGGCAGCAAAAGGCGCUGCAGGAGGCCAAGGAUACGGGCAUGUAUGACUCCUCGCUGCGGCGACAGAUCAUGGGGCUGGGCGCACCCUCGCCCAAGGAGAAGAAGCGCAAGACAGCCGAUCGCGGCAUCACCAACGGUGUCGGUCGUUACAAGGACGGUGCCCUUGUCCUGAGCAAGAAGGAAAUCGCCAACAUCGACUCGAUAGGCAGCCAGCGUCCCUCGGCGGGCGGACGCGGCCGCAGUCGCAGCCGCCGCUCCCCGGCUGACUCGAUAUCCGGAGGAUUUGAGGGCGGUGGCGGUCUCUCGAAACGGAAGGGUCGUGGGAAGCCCAAGCGCAGAUAAACGGCGGUGUGGCAACAGCGACAGCUUCACACAUGCUCGCACAUGCCCGCACAUGUUCGCAGCAACCGCGCAGCUGAAAUAUAGAUCUGGCUACCCAAAGGUCAUCCGCAUGUCUCGAGUAUAUCAACUUUUCCCUUUUACUUGGGGCUUCUUUCUUUCUUGGCGACAAACUAUACAAC